AUGCUCAUCUACCUGUUCUACUCCAAGGAUUAUAUCCUUCUCCAACUCUCUGGUGUUCCUCCCCCAAAGCCGCUCUCUCAUUUCGACAUUGAUAAGGCUAAACCCAGGCCUUAUCGGCCGUUCCGGUGGGAAUAUCACCAGACCAUGGCUCUGAAAAAGAUGGAACCUGAUUGGUGGAUAGAACUCGAAUCUACGUACCGCGAGCGCCUGGCGCAGCGUAAGGCGCUGUACGCUGAACAUGGCAAGAAAGUGCUGAACUACCUGCCUGGCAGUGAAAGCGCCUGCACGGAGCUUAUGCAUAUGGUCAUCCAAUUCAUUUGCGCUCGAUAUCCCAACCAAUUUCAGUUCGACCCAUUCUCCGGUCGCUUCGUGAAUAAGAUACUUGAUGUCGAGGUCAAUACGAAGGAAAUUGCUCCAUUGGUGUUCCUGCUGGAACAUGUGCCAGAAGACUUCUUACUCACCGCCGAGGAUGAGAAGACCGGGCUAUACCACAUGCGUGCUGGGAUCGCCUGUUCUGCUGUCGGCUGGAACGUAGACGAGAAGAUAGGUAAACCGAUGCAUGAGAUACAUCGAGUUGUGCCAGAUUAUGAUAAAAUGAAGCUCUCCAUUGACCGAUUCUUCUCUAAAAUGCCGGCUGACAAGCCCAUUCAACGUGGAUCCUGGGGCCUAGAAGUAGGACAACCAUUAUUUUGCCAGCCAGACGACCCGCACUUCGCCCUCCGUAACACACAAUCGGCUAGUCUUCGAGUUGAAGAUAUUCAUCUACGGGUGGAUUGGCAGACCCUUCGCCGGCUGCCGCAAUCAAAGUACAUCGUCUUCAACUUCAAGGCCCUCUUCACGCCGAUCACACGGUUCAGGGAGGAGCCAUAUAUCCCGCGAUUGGUAGCAAAGGUUAUACGCGAAGGCAAGCGGUCAAUUCUCGACUACAAGGGCACCGAUCACGUCGAACACAAGGCAUUGCCUGCAUUGGACGAAUGGGCGAGAGAGCAGGAGGAGAAGGGGUGGGUGCCGAAGGAUUGGAAGGAGAGAACUUUGAAUGAGGACCCAUUCUUCCCUGGCUGGGAAGCCACCGUCUAG